GGGAAAUAGGGAGAUGGAAAGGGAGAUGACGAAGCAUCAUCCUCAUCGUGGGGAGGGUUUGUGUAGAGCGUCCACCGAGAGUACUUCUACAGAAUUCGUAUUGCAGUGGGGGAACCGGAAGCGACUUCGGUGCAUGAAGGUUCAGAUUAAAGACGACUCCACCGAUAAAACCACCGUUCGGGUAGACCGACGCGUCGUUAGAGCCGACAAAGAUCCUUCCACCUCAACCCCCACCGCCACCGCCACCGCAAACAACAACAACAACAACAACAGCAACCACAAUAACCUUAAUCUCCGUCGUCUUCCCCCUUCUUCAUCUUCUCCUCAUCGCAUUCUCAGGAAUUCUGAGACUUCGUCCGCCAUGAGAGGGCAGAGCAACGGCAUGAGGAGUUCAUCUUCACCAGAAACAGGAGGAGAGGAUAAAGCGCAGGAUAAGAAAGGUAGUAACACCAAAAACAACCACCACAACCACAACAACGGUAACGGUAACGGUAACGGUAACGGUGUCUGUGUCGGUGGGUCCUCGCCUUCGUCGGAGACGGCGCAGGACAGCAAGAAAGGAGGAUCACCAUCGGAGAGCGAAGCGAUCCCGGUGUGGCCUCCGAAAUUCGUGAUCGCACUCACCAACAAGGAGAAAGAGGAGGAUUUCAUGGCCAUCAAGGGAUCCAAGCUUCCCCAGAGACCUAAGAAACGGGCCAAGUUCAUCCAGCGCACCCUCAACCUGGUGUGCCCGGGGUCAUGGCUGUGCGACCUCACUUUGGAACGGUACGAGGUUAGAGAGAAGAAGAUCACCAAGAAGAGACCGAGGGGGUUGAAGGCAAUGGGGAAUGUGGAUAGUGACUCCGAAUAGAAAUCAAACGCUCCAGGAGAAAGAGA